UGACUGAUGGUUGGUACUUGCUACUUGGUAAUUGGUAAUCAAGGGAAAGAACAGAAGCUUUUAGAUUUGGAUUUGGAUUUUGAGAUAGGGUUGUUGUUGGGUGCUUUCCUUUCCAGCUAAUUAAAAGCUUUCCCUUUCCCUUUCCUUUGUUUUUGUUCUUUUUUGUAUUUGUUCUUUCCUUCUUUCUUUCUUUCUAAACGGGUAGACUUUGCUCUCUCAUUACAUUUUCUGCUUCUUCUCAACAUUGUCCAUGAUGUUCAUCAUGUACAAGACGGAGGAGGUGGAAGUGGAACCCUGAAAGAUCAGGGUAUCAUCGUAAUUUCAGUCUCCAUAGACAUAAUUGCUGCUUUCUUUCUGUUCCCUCCCUCUACUUUAUAAUUUAUAAAAGGGAAUCCCAUUCCGACAAUCAUAGGCAGCAGGCAGUAGGCAGUAGGCAGUAGGCAAUAAGCAAGCCUCAUUUUUUAUGCUUUACUUUUUAGGUUGGUUUGUUUGAGAGUCUUCUCCUUCUGCUGGGAGGAGUUGGAAUCCAACUUCACAGGCCUUCAUUUGUAACAUUGUUUGAGAAUUGAGACUGGAACUGCAAAAUGAGAUAAUUUGGAACGCAGGCAGGCAGGCACAUAGAUAGAUAGAUAGAUAGAUAGAUAGAUAGAUAGAUAGAUAGAUAAUAUUAUAUAUAUAUAUAUAUAUAUAUAUAUAUAUAUAUAUAUAUAUAUAUUUAUAUUUGAUGAGGUUUGUGUUUUGCAAGAUUCAUUGUCCUCCCUUGAUUUGCUUUUGCAAGCCUAAUUCCCCUCACAUAUACACUCCUGGACCACUCGAAUUACAGAAUGCCCCAACUCCACCUCCACCUCCACCUUUGCCUAAUUCAAAACUUGCAUCAGUUCCUGAGACAUCUGAUCACUUGGUUGAUGAAGAAAUCAUCAAGGAGGAAAAGUUAUUAGGUAAUGCGAAUCCACAACCAUCUACUGCUCAGCCUUGUCUCAAAAGUAGUCUCCGAAAACCCAAUUCGGACUCCAGUGCUCCAAAACAGGAGGAGCUAAAGAAGACAGUGCAGUGGACAGACAUUUUAGGGAAGCAGCUUGUUGACAUCAGGGAAUUUCAGUGCAGUGAACUAGAAGAUACAGACAAUGAAAACGAGAACAGAAGACGCUGUGUUUGCGUUAUUUUAUGAAACUUCUCGAUCAGCGUCCGCUCUGCAAAUUCCUAAGGAAAUCACAGCAAUUCCAGGAGAGAAAGAAAGGAAAAUUCAUGUUCAUGGGAUGGGUCUAAAAUUGAACGGCACUCAGGUGUUUGAAAUUCAGUUUUAGUCCAUUUCACGUUACCAAAAUUACAACGGAGCUGCAGCUCUCACAGGACUGUUUUAUGCACUCAAGAUAGUCACUUUCCGUUUAUGAGAAUUUUAUCAACAUUGCAUUCUUUUGAUUAUGAAACUUCUCACAAGUUCAGACACAGGAUCGGCGACGGACCAAUCAUCCAUUCAUGCGCAGCCUUUACUUUGUAAUCUCCGGGGCAACAUAGAUCCAGGGGCCAGAAACACCAUAUUUAUAUUUGAUAAAGUUGUUUUUUCAUUUA